AUGGGCCUAAAUUAUAAGCAAAUGAUAUAAGGAGGCUCAACUUUGUAACAAAGGCGGCACCGUCACGGAAACUGAAACCUCGACUGUAAAGAUGGGAACUCCUGAGCCUAAACCACAAAGCUUAAGCUCAAGGUCUUCCCCGUUCCCACUAUCAUCGUCUUCGGAAAGGCUAUGGAGACCAGCUGCGCAACGAAACAUGAGGAACCAGUGGUCGAAAAUAGCGUCUUACCGCCAACAAUGGCUUUCUUCUUCCUCUUCCGCUAGAACUCACGCCACUUCACUCGUCAACGUCUAUUUAUCUCAAAAAUACAUGCCUUUGAUGGAGUUGGGAGCUCUAAAGGAUAUGCCAGAUAUUCGAAAAAAAGCUUCUUUUAAGUUAUUUAAACAGCAAGAGUUUCAUGGCAGCAAACUUUUAUCAUCUUACAAGGAUAUGGUGGGGGUUGUUGUGAACAUGGUGAAUGCUAGUCAAUCCAUGAGAUGUUAUCUCAAAGGAGGCAAUAGUAGUUCACUUGUCCACUUUUCAAGCUCAAGCGAGGAUGUUAAUGACACCGGUGAUUGUGGUGGGGUUGCUGUCUUUGGAUUUUGGUCGAUAUCUUCAUUCGAAAAAUUAGCUGAAGAGCUCAUUCAGAUGUUUAAGUUGGAACUAAGUUUGAAGCGAUUGCUUCUAUUGGAGUUUCUGUCCAUUAGUUGUGAAGUUUCACAAGGCAAUCAGUUCUGCUGGUCUGAUGAGCUUUAUCCUGGAGAAUUUGGUGAUCUCAAAGCAUGCAACUUAUAUUCCGACGAAACUUUUGAACCACUCCGUCCACGAUUGAAGGAUCGAAAAUCUGAUAUGCCAACUUUACGAGGCAACCACCAGCCAGACCAUGAAAUCUUGCAGGUGUAUAUUACAACCUGGCUUGCAGAGGUGAACAUAGAUUUUCAUAGGGUGGAUGAAAUAAUUGCGGUGGUUGGCGAGGAAAUUCAUGUUUCUCUCUCGUAAAUUGAAUCUAAAGAAGAUAAUAGGCCCCGGAGGAAUUAUUCGUCAUGGACAUUGUUUGUCAAGUGCCACCAGACUUCAUUUUGCGUCUGUGGUACAUGUUCAACACUUACCUACAUCAAUAUGGAGAUAUAAUAUUCAUAGUUUCGCCACAGGCAUGCCCCUGCUUCUAAAACAUAUUCAUUUUCCCUAAAUCAUCAAUCUCUGACUCGUGUUUGGGUCAUAGUAAUACAUAAGUAUCAUGUAUAAUCUUCUAAAGUAAGGUUUUUAAAAUAUAUGUGUUAGAAGCACAUCUUGAAUAUAAUAGGGAACAUGGUUGCUAAUACGUGCUAUGAGGUAUAUUUACUCUUUGACAGAUA